ACCCCCUCUGGAAGAAGGCUGGUCGGCGGGAUUCGGCGGGAUGAACAAAAAUGAUAAUGCCUCGGAGGACGAGUUGAGACCAGUGAGGGAGACAGUGCAGCGCAGCGAGGCGUGCACCACCGCGGACCAUUCGGAGUUUAUUUAUUACUAAUCAGACCAUAAACGCGCGGGUCUAGAUAAACGUGUUCUUUCUAGAUAAACGAAUCUGUUUUAGUAGGGGAUACACCAACGUCUAUUUGGACGGGUGUUGAAUGACCAAAACAAUGGUUUUACAGUAGGAGCGGUUCGUGCGUAAUGGUGUGGACUGCAGGAUGGCGCGUCGUCAACACUCAGCUCAUGUGGACUUCUAGAAGAGGACCGUCUCCUACCAUUCGUCUCCUUCACAAAGCGUUCCGCACCGCAGCGGGCUGUCAUCAUGGACCACGUCAAGACGCGCAGUGAUGAAGAGGAUGAAGAUCUGCACUCGACCGACCCGGAGAGCCGAGAGAAGAGCAAGGACAAGAGGCCGCUGUGUAAAGUCAAGUGGUCCCGGGAUGAGGAUGACAAACUGAAGAAGUUAGUGGAGCAGAACGGCACCGACUCUUGGAAAGUAAUAGCCGGACAUUUUACAGGGAGGACAGAUGGCCAGUGUCAGCAUCGCUGGCAGAAGGUGCUGAACCCCGAGUUGGUGAAAGGACCCUGGACAAAGGAGGAGGACCAGAAGGUGAUCGACCUGGUCCAUAAGUACGGGCCGAAGCGCUGGUCGGUGAUCGCCAAGCACCUCCAGGGCCGCAUCGGCAAGCAGUGCCGGGAGCGCUGGCACAACCACCUGAACCCCGAGGUGAAGAAGAGCUCCUGGACCCAGGAGGAGGACCGGGUCAUCUACCAGGCCCACAAGAGGCUGGGCAACCGCUGGGCCGAGAUCUCCAAGCUGCUGCCCGGCAGGACGGACAACUCCAUCAAGAACCACUGGAACUCCACCAUGAGGAGAAAGGUGGAGCAGGAGGGGUAUCUGCAGGACGGCUGCCGACCCUUCACCUCCUCCUCCUCCUCUUCCUCCUCCUCCUCCUCCUCCUCCCACGCCAAGAGACGCCAGCACAGGCCCUGUCCCCCGGCUCCGCCUCCUCCUCCCCCACCACCUCCUCCGUCGGAUCACCAGCACUGCGACCACAGCCCCCUGGCCCUGACCGGCCCCAACCAGAUGGGCGGAUAUCCUUACGACCAGCACACCGGACACCUGAUCGAGAGCCUGCUGGACUCCUCUGGCUUCCUCUCGCCGAGCUCCCUGGACGACCCAGACAGAGAGCAGCGAAUCAAAGAGCUCGAGCUGCUGCUUAUGUCAGCAGAGACUGAGGUCCGUCGCCGCGACGACCAGCGACGGGCCCCCCCCCUCAGCGUGGAGCAGCAGCUCUUCUCCUGGUCCGACGGGCCCCUGACCCCCACUGGGACCCCCCCCAGCAGCACCAGCAGCCAGGAGGACCAGGAGGCCCCGGGGCCCUGGAGGGGGGCCCCCCACCAGGGAGAGGGACCCCCCGCGGGGCCGCUCCCCGUCUCCCCCAGCAAGUUCCUGGCGGCGGAGGCGAGCACGGUGCUGUCCACCCUGCACACCAUCCCCGAGUUCGCCGAGACCAUGGAGCUCAUCGACUCGCUGUGCUCCUCUCUCCAGGACCCCAUGGCGUGGAGCGAGGUGGCCAGCUUCCACCUCUCCGACGGCGGGACGCCCCCCCGGAACGCCAAGGGAGCCUACUCCCCUUCUCCUCCUCCUCCUCAGGAGAGAACCACGACGGAGCAGCAGGAGCAGGAGGAGGACGAGGAGGAGGAGGAGGAGGAGGAGGACGUCCGCUACACCGUCCACGCCUUGGCCGCCGUCUCCGGCAGCCUCGGCAAACAGCGCACCCCGCUGGGCCCCGGCCGGGCCCCGACGCCGGGCCCCAACGCACCCAGGCCCGGGCAGACGUCCCUGGGUCGCGUGAGGAGGAGGACGGGGCAGUCCCCCAUGUGCGACCGCACCUGUCCGUCCUUCCUGGAGAACGUCCAGGUGUCCCCCAGGAAGACGCCCAGCAAGGGCCUGCCCUUCUCCCCGUCGCGGCUCUUCAACAUGUCGGGGGCUGACCAGCUGUGGCUGGACCACCCGUCCUACACCUCCACGCCCGUGUGCGGGCAGAAGGGUCUGCUGACCACGCCCAGCCACAACCUGCCCAAGAGCCAGAAGGAGAACGCGGGCUCCAGGACUCCGAAAUAUCGGAAGACUGUCAUGAUCCCGACUCCCAGGACGCCGACGCCGUUUAAGAACGCUCUGGCGGCGCAGGAGAAGAUGCACGGGCCGGUCAAGAUGGAGCCCCAGCCCCUGGCCUUCUUGGAGGAGGACAUCCGGGAGGUUCUGAAGCAGGAGACCGGAGCCGACAUCUUCAUCCGGACGGACGCCCAGCCGGACUACGACUCCUGGAAACACAACAUGAGCGGGCCGGCCAGGAAGGUGAGGAAGGCCCUGGUUCUGGACCCCUGGGGGAAAGACUGCCUCCACGUGGAGCUGUUUGAAGACCCACUCAACACAGCCCAGGUGGCGUCGGAGAGUCUCCUGAGCAGCUCGUUGCUCAUGACGCCCGCCUCGGAGAGAGGGGCCCCGGCCGGGAGGGACAGGGCCCCUCAGCAUCGCCACGGCAACCAGAGGACAAAGAGGAUGUCGGCCUCCCACAGGACCCCGCCGCGGCCGGAGAGGAAGGACUGGGAGGCGGUGGUCUACGGCAAGACGGAGGACCAGCUGAUCAUGACAGAGCAGGCCAGGCAGUACCUGAAACCCUACCCCAUCCCGGGCUCCACCGCCCGGACCCUCGUCCUCUGAACGGCCACCCCCCCCCCCACCACCAUCCACCCCUGUUGCUAAGGAAACAGAAACAAAGUUCUUCCGUCACAACGAGAGGCGCUUUUUCGACAACAGCAAGAGGCAGAAGGAUAAACUGUUGAAUCUGGAGUGGGGAACGUUUUGGGCUUUUUUCAGUUUCUAGGUUUUUAUAAUUUUUUCUGGACGGAGCAGACUCAACUGCCACUUACGUCAGCUCCAAAUACAAUGUCGUUAUUAUUUUCCGUUUCUAGGUCACUGCCAAGAUCCCCCUCUCAACCGCCGAUUGGCCGGUAGUUCGGUCUGUUUGUGUCUCCGCUUCGUACCAGUUGGGUACUGGUUGUACUGGUUUUGUUUUGCUGUGAUGGUGACUAGGGCUGGGUCUCGUGGCCAAUUUCCUAAAUCGAUUCGAUUUCGAUUCAUAAGGUUCUGAAACGAUUAAUCACGAUUCGAUUUGAUUCAAUCUGCUCUUGAAUAAUGAAAAUGGCUCUCUUCAUCUUAAACAACAGGUUGUAAGUGCAAACUUGUAAAUUGGACAGUUUAAACUUGAGCUGUAAACAAAAUUGUCUCAAGUCUCAAAAGUGCAAUUUUGAAAUUAGAAAGGAAUUGCAAGUGAAAGUGUACUUAAUCUACAACAAUCCAUCACUGAAAAUUGCAUUAAGGCAUUGUUUAUUAAAGUGCAAAAAUAAUAAUAAUGGUAACAACUAAAAAAAAAAAUUAGAAAAAAAUCUAGCUCAUGCCCUAUGAAUCGAUAUUGCAAAAUUGAAAUUAAAUAAAAAUUUUUGCCCAGCCCUAAUGUUGACGCCUCAUGCACAUACUCUCGGCUGUAGAUAGAGAUAGUUCAUAAUUAGCGUUGGCUACUUGUGAGCUUAAUAUUUUUAAUAUAUUUGUUGAAUGAAAGGGAAGACUUUUAAUAUGUUAACGCUGUUCAUUAGGUGUGUCUUCCAAGCUUUGUCGAGCUGAGGUCUUCCAUAAAACUCACGUUGACUAAAGGUUACAGGAAUGUUGUGUGAUCAGGAAAUAGUGCUAACUUUAUUUUCUUUUUAAAAAGUUCACCUUUUUGAUAUUAAACGGUUUGUAAGACCCCAGGAUAUUUGUUAAAGUUCUCUCUGUCCUGAUGGAAGCCUGCCAUUAUUUCUGUUCAUCUCCCCCCCCCCCCCUCGUGAUGUACGCACGCUCUGAAACUGGCCAGUUGACCAACCAUUGACAUCCAUUACCUCUCCCCUAACAGUAUCUUUGCUUUGUCCAAACCAAGUUAAUGCCUACGAAAUGCUGGAUUCGUUAGUUUUUGGGCACAGGGGAGUUUGUAUGGGCUUACUUGUGUUUGACAGAACAAAGAAGUAGCUAUAAGAGCGGCUGCGCACUCGAUUAUUAGAAUGGACGUCAAUGACCGGUCAACUGCCAGAUUUCAGACUGCACACACACAGGGAGAAGGGGAUGAGUUGAACAGAAAUCAUGGCUGAUUCACAUCUCGACAGACGAUGUUAACAAUCAACUUUCACCAAAUCAGCAAAAGUUCUUGAGGGAGACAUUUUUAUCGUGUUCGUUCAGUUUUGUUUUAUUUCAUGAAGAAUGCUAUCCCGAUGGAUAUCAUGUAUUUGGCAGACGGAGACAGGAAGCUGUCAUUAUUGCACUACCAGGGAGUUUCCUGUUGGAUGAAGAAAGGCUGGUUUUUUUAGGGAAACUGGUUUUAGCACUUCAGAAAUUAUGGUUUGUUCGCCAGUUGAAGGGUAGGACUGAGGCCAUAGUGCUCUGUGGAUUUUUUUAUCUGAAAUGGCUUAAUCUUAGGAAUCAAUACAUAUUCUUGGGAGAAGUCGAUCCUGGCUUAGGAUGGCCGUUUAAAACACUCUAAAAUAAGGAAAUAACCGAUAACUUCUAAAGCCAACUGUAUUUUCUCAAAGAGGAGGAAACCAGUUUGAAGGUUCCUGUGUGAGUCUGACAGACCAGUAUGUCCUGGUCAGAGCACACUGAGACUGACUCACAGUCAGAGGGAGGGCUGAGCUAUUUAUUUAACGUCUACUAAUUUAUUUAUUUUUAAAGAAAAAAACAACAGAAAUUUAAGAAACUAUUGAAGAAUUCUAUUUUCUUUUUUUUCCUCGCUGUUGAAGAAUAUCCACGUUGGUCUUCCAGAGACAACAAGUAUUUGUUGUAAACAGACACCGCCAUUUAAUAAUAAUAACAUGUAGUUCUAUCACUGAAUCAGUGUGUGUGUGUGUUCAUCUAGAAGGAUUUCUUUGCAGACCUCUAAUCAUAGGCAAAAUUGCACUUUUUUGUACUCAUUGUGUUUACUCGUGAUAACAUCGUUCGUGUGUGCUGAUAACUUAGCUCCUGGUGUGGGUUCGGAUGCGUUGCUCGUCUAAAUCCCCAAAGUGUGAUGAUGGUUGUAAGGAAAUAAGAUCGAGCUGCUUAUCUGUUAUCCUUUAUUAUUUAACGGAACAAUGUCCUGCCAUCCUGGCUCUGGCCCCUCCAGCUCUAUGGUGGACGGACCAGUCCCGAAGCCUUCCACACUAAACAUGUCGGGGGUUAGCUCCAUGCCCACUGCCAAGCCAAGAGGAGAAACUCACUCAGAAACGUCCAUGUUAACUCCCGCCCAAAAACAGACGUACGAGUUUAACCAGACGUGUGUCUGAAGCGCACUGUGCUUCCGUGUUCCCCGACCGGUGAUGACCUCACCUUGUCCGUCUCUUCAGUAGGAUUGAUCUUUGACGAUCUGUGAUCGGCGGUGACAAUUGUCCAGGAUUCCAGUAAUGCUAGGCCCAGCUCUUCCUUUAUAAUCUGGGUUUAGCAGACAAGAUUAUCUGGCAUUAUGUGUCUUGAGGAAAACGAUAAAGGGCUGAAUUAUCUUGUCAGGUCACACAUUUUAAACGAGGGUUUAAAGACGCUUAGACGAAGGGUUUAAAGACGUUUAAAGACGCUUAGACGCAUUAGCGGUAGUGCUGGAGGAGGUCCGCGGUUUGUGUACUACGGUGGCCUGGAUGGGUCAGACAGCUGAGUGUAUAUACUGUAAACGUGUGUGUUGUUGCUGUGUUGUUUGUUGGACUGUACAUUCCAUUUCUAGGAGUAAUAUAUUUGUUUCUUAACCGUUGGCCGCGUUGCGUCCGUGUAGUUGAGAUUACCUUGAAGUUCACGCAGAGGACAGUCGUAGCAGUCUCCACCUUCUCCCGUCGUCGACGCAUGACGCUUUAACCUUUGAGUCGUUUCUACCGUGUUUAACACUUGCAUCGUACUUUAGACAGUAUAACAGUAUUUUCAGUAUGUUGGAUCCAUUCCCCGAGGUACCUGUAGACUUUCUGCUGACUGCCAUUGUAACCAUGUACUUAAAGAGGGAAAAUAAAAAGCAUUUUGUUUGCAUGAAAUCCA